UGUCGUCAAGAUAAACAGCCCGAGGUAGUGCGGUAUUCUUCGCAUCGCGUCCCUCCUUGCCCUUGUCUGUAGUAGUUCUGUCUUUCUUUCAAGUCAAGCUUCCAGCAUAUACAUCCGACCGAGGUCUGUCUCUAAAUUACCUAAAGGUACCGACGACAUGCCACUGCCGCAGCCCGACCUUCCUGAGCCUGCGCAUCCCGAGGUCGACAGCAUGCUCUCGCGAAAAUUUGGAAAGGAGAUUGCGAAUUAUUUCUCUGGCUCCCCUCUGAACCGUGUAUCCUUCCUCCGCCCCGACCACACUUUCCUCUCGCAAGCAAUCCGCCACCCCAGCACUAAAAUCCUCCUCUUCAACAAGCUCGAGCCCCUCGUCCACCCGCCCACCUCCAUAGCCACACAAAGCUUUGCCGACGUCACGUCUAUCGUCGGUUCGGACCCGUUCUCCAAGUCCGAGGCGGACACCAUCGCCGACUACAACUCGAGCACGUAUGUGCCGCAGAUAAUAUUUCUGGGCCUGGACGAGAGGCACGAGGGCCUAGUGUAUAAGGAGCACUACAAAGGCGUGCCGUGGUUCGCCGUCGACGUCACGCCCAAGGGCGCGCUGGCAGAGAACUUCGAGAAGCUGAUCCAGAAGGUGACGGCGGAGGGGAAGGAAUUCAGCAAGGGGCGCAUGCACUUGAGUCUGCCGCCGGAGGAAGCUGCGAUAUACGCCGAGGCGCGCCACCUGCUCGACUGGAACGCGAGGAACCCCUUCUGCGCCGCCUGCGGAUACCCUACGCUCUCGACACACGCGGGGUUCAAGCGGACGUGCCCGCCAGAGGAUAUCGCGCCUUCCGUGCUGAACCCGGUGCGGCCGCCGUGUGCUACCAGGACGGGCAUCUCGAACUUGUGCUUCCCCCGGACAGACCCCACUGUGAUCAUGGCCGUUGUCUCUGCAGACGGCCAGCGCAUGCUGCUUGGUCGCCAGAAGCGCUGGCCGCCACACUGGUACAGCACGCUUGCUGGAUUCCUUGAGCCCGCCGAGUCCGUGGAAGAAGCUGUGCGUCGCGAAGUGUGGGAAGAAAGUGGAGUACAUCUCGGACGUGUGGUGAUCCACUCUACGCAACCGUGGCCGUACCCUGCGAAUCUGAUGAUUGGCGCCAUUGGCCAGGCUAUUCCCGGAGGCGAAGAUAUCCAUCUAGGACACGAUGCAGAAUUGGAAGAUGCGAAGUGGUUCACCGCUGAUGAACUCAGGGAAGCGCUUAGAGUAGGUACGAGUGGCUUGGGAGAGGAGCCUGGACCGGAAUACAAGGAAGGCGGAUUGAGACUUCCGCCGGCAACGGCUAUUGCGCACCAGUUGGUGACUGCGGUUGCAAAUGGGUUUGCCAGCGGGGCACCUAUGAUAUAGACAUAGAUGGGUCAAUAGAAUUGUGUUUG